AUGAAACUUGUAUCGGACGAUGAUUUUCAGAUUGGGAGGAGAAGUAGAACAUUGAGAUUGGGUGAAAAAUUGGUGGAUGAAUUUAUGGAAUCGAGGAGGAACAAGUCUUUAGAGUACGAUCUUGAAUUAAUAUUUAAAGAAGGCUAUUUAAUUCCUAGUGAGAUUUGGGAAUUUAUUCAACAAGAUUUGGAAAGAAUAUUUGCAUGUUUGAGGGCUCCUAGAAAUAUUGAUACUUCAUUCGAGUUGGCUGUUGAAGUGAGGAAUGAUAUUGAUGUGUUAAAGUCAAUAUGUGAAUUUUAUAAUAUAUCUGCUUUGAUUAACUCUAAAAAUCCAGAAGAAGAGGAAGAUGUUAAUCAAUUGAAAAAUUUGAUUGUAAAAUUGGAGGAAGAAUGUGAACUGUUUGAGAUUUCAGAAAAAAUUAGGGAGUUGGAUAUGAGAUUAAUUAAUUUGAGUAAUACUGAUGGUGGUAAUAGAGAAGUGGAUGAUUCGGAAGAAAGAGGAGAUGAUAUAUUUAUCAAAUUGGAAAAACCAAGAAUUAUUAUCAAGAUUGUUGACCUUCUUGAGAGAAGGUUUAAUUUACUGAAAAGAAUGAACAAGAUUCAGGAUGCUAACUCUGAUUUAAACAAGGCAAUUUCCUUGUUAACUUAUCAUAUCCAACAAAUCGAGCUAGGAAACCACUACGAGGGAGAUACUAGCUUGUCGAGAGUUAAAUUCUGGUUGAAUCAUCUCAGUGAACAAUUAAUCAAAUAA